AGAAUCCACACUGUCGAUGAUACUAUUAAACAACUGCCAUUACUCUAUACUGAACAAAUAACGAUGGGUCUUCUUGUACGUUGUAGAAGGUUUUUUUGGGACUUUUGUGAUGGAUUGUGCUUCAUGCUUGAGGUUUCUGUUUCCUGGGAACGAGUUUUUUGGAUUUGGGUUUUUGGUUUUUGGUCGUUUCUCCCAUGUUUUCAAUGUGUUGGGGCUGGUUUUGGUGUUUGGUAUGGGGUUAAAGGUUUUGCAAUUUGGUUUGAGUAAUAAGGGUAUACUUCAAUUUCUAUGUGAUGCUAGAGGGAAAUCGAAUGAUUCGAGUUCGAAAAAUGAGUUGAAAGAGAUUUUCGAUCCGAAUAUUCAAAAACCUACGGAUCAUUGCAAAGAAUUUGUCAAGAAAGAUACUGAUUUUGAAGCUAAAUAUGCUAUAGAAGAGGUUGCUGUUGAUAAUGAAAAAGAAUGUUGUCCUGAAGAUGAAUUUGAUGUAAUGGCAUUGAGGAAAUUGGUUAAAACCGAAAGGAGAAGAACAAAAGCCUCUUAUCAAGAGCUCGAGAAGGAACGGCUGGCGGCUUCAUCCGCGGCAGAGGAGAUGAUGGCCAUGAUUCUGCGCCUUCAGACUGAGAGAAGUUUGGUGGAGAUGGAGGCUACUCAGUUCAAGAGAAUGGUGGAACAGAAGCACGAACACGAUCAACAAGUCAUUGAAUCACUGCAAUGGAUUGUGAUGAAACAUGAAUCAGAUAGGAGUUUACUGGAAAAUCAGUUGCUGAUGUGCAAGCAGAAGUUGAAGCUUUAUAUGAAAGAUGAUGAAUUAGGCCAACUAGAACUCGAUGCAGGCCUCGGCUUUUUUCAAGAUUCUCAAGAACAUGGUAUGGAGAAUGCAUUAGUUAGCUCACUUGAAACGUGAACUUUGUUGUUGUAAGUUGUUCCUUAUAGUUCAUUCUUAGGGUUGAGCUGAAUCGUACACAUUUAGGUGCUAAA